UACAGAAUGACGUCAUCGGUAGCCAUAUUCUGGCAUCUCCAUCAAUUUUAAUCCGUUUGAGGCGAAUUGGUGUUGAUUACACCUUUCUAAUUGAACCCAGACGCCUCGUGGGGUGUCGGAUUUCAGGGCUAUUGGUUUGGAUGCGAGUGCAAGCAGCGGAACAGGAAGUCAGAUCAGCCAUUGUGAGGAAGCGUGUCGUGACAGCGUUGAGAAUGACUACGAGCCAAUAGAGUCCAUCAUCCCUCUCCCACAGUGCGUGGCCCACUACAACCCCACCCCGCCGCCACCACCACCCAUCAGGCCAAAGUUCAUCAAGAUGUCAGAGGGCAUGCCGAAGCAUGUCAAGGCCGUCCACAAUUUCAAGGGAAGCAACAACGAUGAGCUGUGCUUCUGCAAAGGAGACAUCAUCACAGUCACACAGAUUCUGGAGGAGGGAUGGUGGGAAGGAACACUGAAUGGCAAGACAGGAUGGUUCCCUAGCAACUACGUCAAGGAAAUCAAAGCAGACAUUGCUAUGAGGACCCAUUCAGCUGAGGUGCCGCAGUUCAAGAGAGAGAGCAUGCAGCUGUAUCACAGCGUGGUGCUGAAGAACAUCAUUGAGACAGAGAAGACCCAUGUGUCGGGGAUGUCUCAGAUACUACAGACCUACAUCCUCCCCCUACAGAACGCUGGCAUAUUGACGCCGGUGGAGUACUGCCAGCUUGUGGGGAACAUUGAGCAGCUGAUAGCAUUCCAGCACAAUUUCCUCGCAUCACUUGAGGAAUGUGAAAAAUUGCCCCCGACGCAGCGCCGGAUCGGCGGAGUCUUCAUGAAGCACGCUGAGCAGCUGAAACAGCUGUACAUGGACUACUGUGGCAACCACCCCAAGGCUGUAUCGGUGCUGCAGAUACACAGGGAGGACCUGAGUAGAUUCAUGGAAAGUGUUGACGCCACGCCCCCAGGGGCAAUGACUCUCACCACCAACCUAUCCAAGCCCUUCACUCGACUUGACCGAUACCCCAGUCUGCUUAAGGAGCUGGAGAGGCACAUCGAGGAAAGCCAUUCAGAUCGAGGGGACACGCAAAGGGCAAUAGCAGUGUACAGAGAUAUAGCAAAUUCGUGUUUAGAAGUACGUAAACUGAAGGAGAUGGAGCUGGAGAUUGUAACCAGCACAAUAGCCGGCUGGGAGGGAGAGUCUAUAGCCAGUCUGGGUGAGGUGGUCCAUCUGUCACAGGUCAAGCUCCACAAGCAGACUGGGGAGAAGCAUGACCGGAUAUUUGUCCUGUUCCCCAACGUGCUGGUCAUGUUGUCCAUGAGUGCCAGACUCAGCGGCUACCAAUACGAGGGCAAGCUGCCGCUGAGUGGAAUGGCUGUCAACCGGUGUGAAGACCUGGAGACCUACCCUAACGGCUUCGAGAUCUCUGGUAACAUGAUAGAGAAGAUGGUGGUGACGUGCGGCACCAAGGUGGAGGUGGGGCCGUGGCUCGACAUCCUCCGUCAGCAGGUCAACCAGACGUAUCAUUCCUCCUCCACCAAACCACAGAGCUUACAGAUCUCCAUCUCCACAUCUCAGCCCAGCAUCAGCACGGUGAAGACGCAGGCCAAGACUGCCCAGGUGAUGCAGACCCACAUCCACCAGUCUCCGCCCCACCACAAGCCAGUCCACAAGACCUGGAGCAUGUCCUGUCUCCGCCCGUCCCCGCCACUCCGCCCCUCCCUCAUGUGCAGGGACGAGGCACUCAAGAGCCCCAAGGCCAACCGCAAGUCCACAGCCAAGAGGAAACCAGUGCGGACCGGUUCUGGUGACGAUUACGAUGACGCUUGGCAUAGAUAUGACCAGAAGGUGUAUAACGAAGACGCUUUCAUCCUCCAAGUGAUUGAAGCAUACUGCAACAGUGCCAAAACCAGACACACCGUCAACUCCUGUAGACAAAUCAUGUCAGAGGCACGAAAACAAAAUAAAGACGUUCUUAGUUCCCCCCACGUUCUCAUUCCGGACCAUGAGAAGAUCUUCGAUGAGACAGACUUCCAGGAAAAGACUCUGGUAGACACUGUUUACUCUCUCAAGGACAAGGUCAAGGAGUUGGAGCAGGAGCAGAAGAAGUUGAAGAAAGACAUGGAGGAUGAACGCAAGGCACGGAGACGACUGGAGAACGUUGUCCACAAAUCCAUGGGGAGCAGACUCUUAGAUUCAGUGAACACGGAGAGCGUGUCUUGACCUCAGUCCAUCCUUAAGCUCAAUAUCAGUGGUCAGUCUCAUGUACCCAGUUGGAGAUGAUUGAACUCAGUCUCAGCAUCUCGAACUAUGUCUGAACAGUGUCCUAGGGAACCUUCUGUCUGAACCUCUAUUGUGUUCUUCCUAUCCUAUAGGAGCACAACCUGUGUCUGUCUGAACCUCUAAACCUCUUCUGUAUCCUAUAGGAGCACAAGCUGUGUCUGUCUGAACCUCUAAACCUCUUCUGUAUCCUAUAGGAGCACAAACUGUGCCUGUCUGAACCUCUACUUUAUCUGUCUGAACAUCUACUGUGUCCUAUAUGAACACAAACUGUCUGUCUGAACCUCUACAUUGUCCUUGUUGUUGUGUUUGAACAUGUUUGUGUUCCGUGUUAGGUCAUCAGAAGUUGUAUUUUGAGAUUCCUGUUUCGAGAGAUGUGUAUCUUGCAGUUGGUUGAAUUUGGA